AUGUCUAUGAUCAUGGCUGAAUCUUUCGACGCUCCGAUGACAGACUCCGGAGAUCUCGACGUAUCGAUGUAUCCCGGAGCUGCAGAUUCUUGGCUGUCCGCCGAGGCAAGUAUGGGCGAUGUCGCGUACCCCGCAGACACUGCUACGUUCGACUAUAUGCAGGAGGGUAUCGAGGUCGAAAUGCUGGACGACCUCGACGACGACGCGGCGAUCACCGAGUACGAAAUGGCGGACGAUGGCGACGGCUACUACGAUCAAGAGCUAGAGGACGUCGAAGUUCUUGACGUCUCUCGAGGUGCAUCCAUUCCGCCAGCGGGUCCUACCGACGUCGCCGGGGACGCCAAAGCAGAAAAUCCGGAGAUGAUGCACGUGCCUCCUUACGACGGCGGGGCGCCGGUGGCGUCAGGCUCGCACUACCCCGUCGAGCCCAUCAGAGAUGACUCUGCUCUCUAUGUGGAGACAGACUCUACCGCCCAUCCGGAGCAUCUGGCGGAGACAGACGCGUUGGCCGAGUCAUCGACCACGCUCAGGGGAGAUGUACACCACGCUGUGUCACCGUCCUCUCCUUCUGUCCUAGAUGUAUCUGCCGUCGUCAGAGACAAUAACAGUCCCGGGGAACUUCCAGUGCUCCCGACACCUAAUCACGCUGAAGACGCAAGCACAAGCACCGAUCCCGCCGCAUUGGAACUGCACUCGCCAGAAGAUCACCUUCUGGAACCAGUACCCUCUGGCCCCUCUGAUGUCGACCAAGCAUCUCCUGCGGUACCGGUUGAUCCUGUCGGCCUGCACCCUAGCGAGGAGUCUGCGUAUGAGCUUGCUGCUGAUGAUCCGCACGAGAUCUCGGACGGCGUCUACAUCGAUCCCCCACCACCUGUGCUAUUGUCUCUUCCUCCUUCCGCUGAAUAUGCGGAAUACUGUCUCUUCAACCAGCCUCAGUCCGAUGCGUCCCCGAGCACGCCGGAAGGCAGUAAGUCUGAGCAUGCUGCUGAACCACUCCGUCUCUUGCUGCACGAUCGACCAACCUUGUACUACGAGCCCCUUUCUUCUGUCUUCGAUGCUCUUCGUCAUGAAGAAUGCAUCGAGAACCUUCCGGGCAGCUCGGACGCGGAGUUGGUAUUGGACGCAUACGAACUCAAGCUUGCGAUAUGCGAGGAUAACGUAUACGCGCAUGAAGUCACCUUGCAUGAACUCGACGUCAUACACGGUGGCUCUGACUUGCAAGGGCCGUUGCGGCUCAAGCUAAAAUUUGUCGCCCCUCGAUUCGUUACUCGUUAUCACCUGCUCCGAGACCAGAUCUCACGGCUUAAUCUGACCGCCGAUGGCGACGAACUGCUUUCAGGUGCUCCUGCGUCGGACCCUGUUCACGAACAACAAUCUGGAGUAUCUCACGAUGCCGAAGAGGUCCCACACCACUACGCCGAAGAUGGGGAUGCGCGAGAAAGCGUCGACGAGCACCACGACGGGCUCAUCGAGGGCACUGAAGACGGGGCUCAUGAAGAGCUCCACGAGGGUGUAGACGGUCCCGAAGCCGAGGUCUUGGCCCCAAGUUUCGGGUCGACAGAUGACCACGGGGCAUCUGAGCUCCCUGAAGCUGUUCCAGAACAAUCUGUCGGAGAAGAUGGUACAGCUGCGCUCGAGGGAUUGAGCAGGGAAGCUACAGCAGCGCCUCUCGAUGCCGACGAAGCUGAGGCGGCAGAUCUCGAAGACGAACAUGAGCAGGACGAUGACGCGGAGGAGGGGGGUGACUACGUCGGACACGAUGAGUUCCCCGACGACGAGGAUGAAUUCGGAGAUGACCUACCAGAGGAGAUCGGUGGGCAGACGGAGAAUGCGGAGUAUACUCACACUGGCGCUGUCGAGGACGCCCCUCAGGACUCGGCUUACGUGGAGGUAGAAGGCGUUGAUGCGCAUGAAGAUACCCUCCAAAGCUUCUCUGACGAUGUGGGUCUGGGCGAUCCGUAUGCUGCGUCCGGGGCGCAGGAUGACGAAGAUCCUCAAUUACUCAACGACGGUUUGGACACAAAGGAACAUACUGAUACAUUCUCGCAUCUCGACAGUGCGGACAACUACGACGAAUCUCAUUCGCAAGACGACGGCACUGGCCAACACGACGAUGAGUCGACUGCAGCACAUCUCGAUCACGCUGAACACUCACAAAACUACGACGACGAUCCUCUGGCGAAUGAGGAAAGCACAACAUUAUCAAGUGAGGAAGAGGAUGGGCUCGCCGACGACUGGGACGACGGCGACGAUGUGCUAGACGUCGACGCCGUGCCGGCCCCUAGCGUGGACCAAGCAGAUGCACUAUCGCGCAAGAGUUCUUCGGCGACUCUGGCGAGCAAGUCAUCGAAGCGGACAUAUGACGAAGUCGAGCUUGACGACUUCGACGACGACCCCAGCCAACUCGAGAUCGCUAGCACUCCAGACGCGAAACGCCCCAGGGUGCAGUGA